CUCCAUCUCAAAGAUGCUGCUGCCGCUGCUGCUGCUUCUACCCCUGCUCUGGACAGGGUCCCUGGCUCAGUACUCAAGAUACCAGCUGCAGGUGCAGAAAUCCCUGACGGUGCAGGAGGGACUAUGCAUCUCCGUGCCCUGCCGCUUCUCCUACCCCACUGACUACCGGGCCCCGUCUUCCCCUGUUCAUGGCUACUGGUUCCGGGAAGGGCCCAGUGUACACCACAGUGCUCCAGUAGCCACAAACAACCCAGAUCGUAAAGUUCAGGAGGACACCCAGGGCCGAUUCCUCCUACUUGGGGACCCCCAGGCCUACAACUGCUCCCUGGACAUCAGAGAUGCACAGAGAAGGGACUCGGGGACAUACUUCUUCAGGGUGGAGAGACGGUCUUCUCCGAGCUACAGUUAUAGACAGAACCUGCUUUCCGUGCAAGUGACAGCUCUGAACAACGCACCUGACAUCCUCAUCCCGGGGACCCUGGAGUCUGGACACCCCAGGAACCUGACCUGCUCUGUGCCCUGGGCCUGUGAGAGGAGCACGCCACCCUUCUUCUUCUGGACAUCAGCUGCUCUCACCUCCCUGGGCCCCAGGACUCACCUCUCCUCAGUGCUCACCCUCAUCCCACGGCCUCAGGACCACGGCACCAACCUCACCUGCCACGUGUACCUACCUGCAGCUGGUAUGAUGGUGGAAAGGACCAUCCAGCUCAAUGUCACCUGUGCCACACAGAACCCAACGACUGGUGUCUGCCUGGGACACAGCCCAGUAAAAUCAGAGCCCAUGGCAGAGGUGGUUCUGGUGGCCAUUGCAGAAGCAGCUGUCAAGACCCUGUUUCUCCUGCUCUGUCUCGUCAUCCUCAUAGUGAGGUUCCUCAGGAAGGAGACAGCCAGGCCUGCAGGGGGCCUGGAGGAGGCAAAGCCCACCCCCAGUUAAUCCCUCAGCACACUGAGUCUUGGGAGACCAUUAUCAUUCACCUGCUCCACAGCAUGAAGAGCUAUGGAUCCUCUCCAGGGCCAAGACCAAGGCUGGGUUUGAAGUCUGGCAUGGUCCGCUCCCCACUGGACCCUCCACCGAGAUCUCUGCCUCUCGCUGCAUCUUGCAACAUCUCCACAACCAGCUGGGCCAAGGUUUUGCAUAUGCUCUUUCUUCUCCUGAAGUGCCCUUUCCUCCCCAACCCUGCA